AUGCCGCCCAAACGCAAGGCCGCCGCCGCCGCCACCGGCUCCCGCCCAUCCAAGCGUGCGGCGUCGGGUGUCAACACUCCCGUCAGCAUGGGCAGUAGCGACGACGAAUACAUGUCCGACGACCCAGACGAUUACACGCCUCAGAACGACGACUACGAAGAAACCGUCAAGAAGUUUCAGCCAUCCUCGUACCGCUCCAAGAAUACAAGGCCACAGGACUCCGAUCAAGCCACUCGUCUCUUUCGCAGCGACAAGGAACUCUCCGCUCUCGAACUGAAACCUGACCACGCCGUGCGUCCGCUCUGGCUCGAUCCCGAAAAGGGCAGAAUCGUUGUCGAAACCUUUUCUCCUUCCUUCAAGCAGGCUCAGAAUUUCCUAAUCAACAUUGCCGAGCCCCAGUCGCGAACCACAAACGUCCAUGAAUACACCAUCACAGGCCACAGUCUGUUUGCCGCCGUCUCGGUUGGCCUCACCACCGACGACAUUAUUCGCCAACUCGAGGUCUUUUCAAAAACAAAGCUCCCCGACAGUCUAAAAGAAUUCAUCUUCACUUCUACUCAGUCAUAUGGAAAAAUCCGUCUAGUCCUAAAGCACAACAGAUAUUACAUUGAAAGUCAGGAUGCUUCUGUCCUGCAAAUGCUUUUGCGCGAUCCCGUCGUUGAGAAAGGCUGCAAAAAGAACGAUGACGAUGACGACGAAGACGAGGACGAUAAAAAGGAUGAAGCAGAACAGGACAUGACAGCCUACCUCAGGGAUGAAGACGAUGAUGACGAGGGUGAUGAAGUCCACUCGUUCGAAAUUGAUGGUGAAAAGAUUCAAGCAGUUCAACAACAAUGCAAUGUCACUUUGGGAUUACCUCUGACAAACGAAUACGACUUUCGAAACGACGACAUCAACGCAAAUCUGGACAUUGAUUUACGACCCAUGGCUCAAAUCAGAUACUAUCAAGAACACGCUCUGAGUAAAAUGUUCGGCAAUGGUCGUGCCAGAAGUGGAAUCAUUGUUUUACCUUGUGGUGCCGGCAAGACUCUGGUCGGCAUUACUGCUGCCUGUACAGUCAAGAAAUCUGCCAUCGUCUUGUGCACUUCUGCCAUGAGUGCUUAUCAGUGGAAGAAUGAAUUUUUGAAAUGGUCAAACAUCAAUCCGGAUGAUAUUGCCAUCUUUACUUCGGGCGAAAAAGAAAAACUCAAUCAACGAGCAGGCAUCAUCGUUUGCACAUACAGUAUGGUCACCCAAAACACACGAAGAGCACACGACAGUCAGCAAGUCAUGGACUUUAUUCAAAAUCGAGAAUGGGGCUUGAUGGUUCUCGACGAGGUUCACGUCGUGCCUGCCGAAAUGUUUCGACGUGUCACAUCCAAAAUCAGAUCACACUCUAAACUCGGACUGACUGCUACCUUACUACGAGAGGAUGACAAGAUCAAGGACUUGAACUUUCUCAUCGGUCCUAAAUUGUAUGAGGCCAACUGGCUACAAUUGUCGGAAGAAGGCCACAUUGCUCGUGUACAAUGCGCCGAAGUCUGGUGUCCCAUGACAACCGAGUUUUAUGGCGAAUACCUCAAGGCUCGAGACAAGAUUAUCGUCUUUUCUGACAACGUAUAUGCUCUCGAGAAAUAUGCCAAACGUCUGAAGAAGCCUUAUAUCUACGGAGACACGCCACAAAGAGAGCGUGAAAUGGUUCUGCAAAACUUUCAACAAAACGAAUCAGUGCGAACAAUCUUCUUGUCCAAGAUUGGAGAUACCAGUCUGGAUUUGCCAGAGGCUACUUGCCUGAUUCAGGCUCAACGAUUAGGCCGCAUCUUGCGUGCAAAGCGUAGAAACGACGAGGGUUUCAACGCCUUCUUCUACUCACUUGUUUCCAAAGACACAAACGAAAUGUACUACUCGUCGAAACGUCAAGCUUUCCUCGUUGAUCAAGGCUAUUCCUUCAAGGUCAUUACCCAUCUAACAGGUAUCGACAAAGUCGAGGGCCUUCAUUUCCGCGACACGUCCUCACGCAUGGAACUUCUCGAAGACGUCCUCAUGGCCGGCGAAGAAAGUGGCAGUGUCGAAAAUAUUCAAGACGAUCUCUUUAGUGGAAGACAAAUGCACAAGGGACCAAAGGGUAAACCUGGUGUGCGUCGUACAGCUGGCGCCCUCUCAGAAUACGCUGGUGGCAAGGACAUGGCAUACAUCGAGUAUAACAAGAGCAGAAACAAAGAGCUCAAGAAGAAUAAACCGACGAGUAAAUUCUUCAAGGAUAUCCAGAGGACGAACGAAAAGAGAAAGGCUGCUGCCAAGGCGGACAUGUGA